AUGAUAUAUAUCUGUAACAUUGAAUUAGAAGGUCACAAAACAUUAGGAAAAAUGCAAGCUGUAAAGGAAAAGCUACAGGAUAUGAAUGCCAUACGUAAGGCCAAGGCUGAAGCAAGGGCUGAAGAAAAGGCUGAGAAAGAGAUUGCCAAAGCCAGAAUGGAUGUAGCUCACGAGGUUAGGUUGGCAAAAGAAGCUGAAGCAGCAAUGGAUCUACAUGUAGCAAAGGCAGGAAAAAGAGUUGAUAACGAACUUGCAAAGCAUACACUUGAUAAUUCGAAUGCUGCUACAAUGGACGCAGCAAAUGGACCCACUUAUACAGCUAACUGAAAAUCAUGUUUAGACUAGCUUGUAUAAAACAAAACACUUACAUUUUUAUAUAUAGCUUCAAAUAAGCGUGGGAAUAUUAAUACUCCACCAAUGAAAUAUUUUGUAUACUCUAGAAAAGAGAAAUCAUGAAACUAAUUAAUUAUAGUGUGGUUUAUAGGAUA